AUGAAGCCCGUGGUACCCCUAAUUUUCUCGCUGAUGCUCCUGGCGGGCCUAUGCCCCAGGCAGGCCUCGGGUUUGUACUCAAAUGUGAAGGAAAUCAAAACAGUGGAGAAUUCCAAAGAAUUUGAGGAGUUGCUAAGUGCCAAAAAAGUCUGUUUGGUUGAAUUUUACGCAACGUGGUGCAGAGCCUCCAGAGGGUUUGCGAACGACUUUACCAGCAUAGCCAAGACGAUAAAAGACGACAUAACAAUUUUGGCCGUAAAAAAUGAAGAUAUAAUUAACCAGUACAAAAUUGAAACUUACCCAAGUAUAUAUGUUUUCUUCUCAAACGGUAAUAAAAAAGAUGUGGAGAAAUUUGAUGGAAAUUACAAAAUAAAAGAAGUGAUUUCCUUUGUAUAUGAUAGUAUAAAAAAGCACCGUUUGAAAGAGCUAAAUAUCGACCUAGAUGAUGUAAAUAAAAGUUCUUAUAAAAAAAAAGGAAAGAAAAAAAACGAUGGAAAAGUAAUUAUACUAAAUGAUGGCAAUUUUGAUAACAGUGUGUUACAGGAUGAUGAAAACGUCUGGUUUGUCUUUUUCUACGCUCCAUGGUGUGGACACAGUAAACCGAUACACCCCAUGUUCGACCAACUAGCAAAAAAAGUAUCUCAUUUGAAGAACGCACGAAUUGCCAAAAUAGACGCUACAGUGGAACAACGAUCAGCGCAAACUUAUCAAAUAAGGCAUUAUCCAUCUUUUAGGUUAUUCCCAUCAGGAAAGAAAAAAUCACAUAGUGCUAUAGAAUAUAACGACUCUAGAACGGUGGAGGAUAUGUAUCAAUUCUUUUUAAAAUACUAUUCAGAAAAGAAGGAAGUAAUUCAGUUAACUUCUCAACAAGUGUUUGAUGAAUUUUGCGAAAAAGAUGUAUGUCUCUUAGCUAUUUUACCAAACAAAGAAGACACUGAACUGAGUUAUUUCAAAUCCUAUGUGCAGAUACUUACCAAUGUUAUUAAAGACGUUAGUACGUUACCAGUCACUUUGUUGUGGACUCAAGCAGGAGAUCAACUAGACCUUGUGCAGAAGUUAAACCUUACAUUCGGUUUCCCCACUGUUAUUGCCAUUAGCUUUUCGAAAAAUGUCUAUUCCAUUUUGAAGGGGAAUUAUUCUGAGCAGUCCAUCAAAAAUUUCAUCACACAAAUGAUGAUGGGCAAAUCUUCUGUCGACAAUUUGGUUCCCUUUACGGUGAAAACGGUACCCAAAUUUACUUUUACCAACGAGCAAGAAGCCAACUCAGAGUUGUAA